UCUUUAAAAAGCGAGAAUUUCUGUCACGAAGUAAAUAUCGAAUCUACGAUCGAUAGGUCGAAUAGCGAAAGGCGGUCUGUCAGUGGGAUAAGCAGACGAUAUUUACAGGAAUCAUACGGCAAGUGGACAGUGGGCAAAAUGGUGGCAGAUGAGAAAUUAUUUUUCUCGAGAGCCGUCCAACAUUUAGCUAGAUGUUUAGCGGCGAUCAAACCUACACCAUGGGAAAAGGUUACACAAUUAUUCAAGUUAUGCCCACAAGAAUCUGCUCAAGGUAUAUAUAGAUUGGAUCAAAGGGGACAAGAUGCAACUAUUGCAUUGGGAAUAUAUUUUCUGGAAUCUGGUUUACAACAUCGAGAUAAAAUAUUACCCUACCUUCUACGAUUACUACGUGGUCUUCCAAAAGCUGUAUGGUUGGAUGAGGUCAAAUGUUCAUCUAAUGAACGCAUUCCUGUUGCUGAGCGCUUUAGUUUCUGCUUGAACACAUUACUCAGUGAUGUUGCAGCUAGAUGUGAACCUGUACGCGAAGAGAUCAUUUCUACUCAAGUAGAAAUACUAGCGGUUUUAACAAAUCUCAUUAGGGGAUUCAGAGAUCAAAAUGGCAAUAGAGGAAUGCAAGCAAAAUCCCGUUCUAUGGGCCGCUUUGCUUACACCGAUCCACCCCUUUUAUGUCGAAUUUUUCCGAGACCGCAACCACCCCUCUCCAUACCAAACACAGAAAUGCGCUUAACAUUGGAUAAGAAACAGCAUAGUUUCUCAAACUUUCGACCGAUUAUUCCUCGGUCUUUAAGUGGUAAUUUGAAUCCUCAUCCAACAAUAGAUACUACACCAAAUUUAUUAAUUGGGGAUCAUGACUAUCCUUGCGCCAAACGACCAUCCUUGCAGUCUUAUUCAUCGGUGCCCUAUGAUCCGGCCACAUAUUUUUUUAGUCGAUAUGGAUCAAGUUUCAAUCAGUUCCCACAAAUGAGAUGCAACGAAAGCCCUGAAAGGAGGGCUGGUAUGCAAUUUAAUGUGGUACAUUUACAAAGUGUACUGGCUUUGGCAAAAAAGUUGCUCACUAAAGAAAUUUUAACAUUCCUCGAUGAGGAAGCUCAACAAGUUUACAACUCUGGACAGGUGCAAAUAUUUCCUUAUCGAACAUUUAACGAGACAAUGAAUCUGGUAAUGGUUGCUCUUCUACGGGAAUUAUUGCAAAAUCAACGCGAUUUGCCUACUCCUUUCACAAAGGACGUACAAGAGUUCGUGAAAGGUCUCUUUUUAUCCGGUCAAACAGAAUUACAAUCACGUCAACACGAUGCAAGCGAACGUGAAGAUAUGGAUACUAACUUCAGAACUGUAAAUAGAUUUAAAGUAAAUGUCAUGGCUAAUUCUGCGUGUGUUGAUCUUCUUGUUUGGGCAAUUGGUGAUGAAACUGGUGCGGAUAGUUUAUGUGGUCGUUUAGUUGAAAAGAUUAACUCUAAUCAUGGACCAAAACUGGUGCUGGCGCAUAUGCCUUUAUUAAUGGUAUGCCUUGAAGGAUUAGGAAAAUUAGCACAAAAAUUUCCUAAUAUAGCAAGUACAUCUAUAUAUUAUCUUCGGGAUUUUCUUGUUGUCCCGUCGCCUAUAUUACUUAAAUUACACCGUCAACAAAGUGAAAGAGGGAAAGAUAUGCAAGAUUCGAAACAAACUACUUCAUCAAUACAAACAGCUUUUGAAAAAUUACGCGAUGCGGCUAUUGGCAAUCUUUGCAUCGCUCUGGAAGCUGCUCAUUCUGUGAAUCCAGAUUGUGUACCGGCAUUAGUUGCCAGUGUUUCGAACAGAUUAUUCGCGGCCGAUAUUUGUGAUGGUGAAUCCGAUGACAGGUCGAAUAGCGAAUUAAUUUCGAAAAAUAUAGUAAUCAUGUUGGGGCAUGUUGCCGUUGCGUUGAAAGAUACCCCAAAAACUAUGCGUACAAUAUUCCCGUUUUUUCAGCAAUUAUUUUGUCGUACUCCGAGUGAUCUUGAUUUUCUGAUCGUGGAUCAGUUAGGAUGUAUGAUCAUUGCGAAAUGCGAAUCAAAGAUAUACGAAGGUAUAAUGCAAAUGUUUUCCAUGUCACUGGGCUCCAGUACUGCAACUUAUGCUUCGAAUGAUGAUCGUAAACAAUACUGUCACGUAGCUAAGGCAGUCACAAAUGCUCUUGCAAACAUAGCAGCAAAUCUUCAAGGUGAAUCAGAAUUAGACGAUUUGUUACUUCACUUGCUUGAACUUUUUGUUCAACUCGGACUAGAGGGUAAACGUGCCAGUGAUAAGGCGUCAAAUAACGUUUCAGUAACGAAAGCAACCACUAGUGCAGGAAAUUUAGGUGUACUCAUCCCUGUAAUCGCUAUAUUAGUAAGGCGACUCCCACCAAUCAGACAUCCACAAAAAAGGCUUUUAAAGCUUUUUAAAGACUUCUGGCUUUAUUGUGUCGUAAUGGGUUUCGCCGGUGAUCAAGCAUCAAGACUAUGGCCUGCAGAAUGGUACGAAGGUGUUAAAGAAAUUGCUGUAAAAUCGCCUUAUCUCAUUUCGCAAACUAGCGCACGUCUUGAGAUGAGAGAAUUGCAAUAUACGUCAGCUGUACGCAAUGAUAGCGUUUCUUUAAAUGAAUUGCAAGAAUUGAGAAGUCAAAUAUUAAAAUUAAGUACUCGGACUAAUGAUAUAUCACAAUAUGUAACGAAAUUGCAAUUUGCACAGUGUACAUAUUUAUUAUCAGUUUAUUGGUUAGAGACGUUAAGAGUAGCAAAUAGUCCUGAACCUAGUUUACAACCAAUAAUGGAAUAUUUAUGCGAUACAGAUUUGCAAAAAGAUAAGAGUGGCAUGUGGCAGUGUAUAUGUUGUGUUGCUGAUUCCGUUUUUGUGAAGUUCAAAGAUGUUAUGCAGCGUAAACCAAAAGAUGAGAGGCGAGAAAAAGAACUCGAAAAUCAUGCUCAAUUUCUUCUGGUGUAUUUUAAUCAUGUACAUAAGCAGAUUAGACGAAUAGCGGAUAAGUAUCUUAGUGCACUGGUAGAUGCGUUCCCGCAUCUUUUAUGGAAUUGUAAAGUGCUUUGGAGUAUGUUGGAUAUAUUACAGAUUUUAUCGUUCUCGUUACAAAUUGAUCCAAACGAAGAGACACCAAUUUUACGAAUACCUGGUACACCAUACAGUAUUGUACUUAUGGAUACGCUCGAAGCAAGAGAGAUUAUCGUGAAAGAUUUCACUGCAAGGUGUAAAGGUAUAGUGCAGGAGGCUAUGAAGUGGGCGCCUCAAGCCACUAGAUCACACUUACAGGAAUAUGUAAAUCAAAUCCCAUCUUCUAGACUAAAACAUCAUUCUGGUUUAUGUUUAUCUACAGAUUCAGUUCUUGAAUUUGUGGACCUUGCUAUUCCAGCAUCGGCUUUACCAAAUACUAAUUCGUUAGAUAAACGGCCACGUGGUCCAAAAGGAGCCAGCUCGUGGCUUCUAUCAAUGAUGUCCACUCGAUCACGAUAUGCUGGAGAAAUAGCGGGAAUGUUAUCGUUAGCGCAAACUGAAUCUUCUACUUCCGAAAUAUCAUUUGAAGAAAUUAGAAACAAAGUUGUUGACUUAUUAAUCGAUGCUGUGUGGAUGGCUUGCCGUGCUCGAAAUGAUGUUAAUCAUCGUAGUGCUCUUUGGCGUGCUACUGCAUUAUUAAUUUCUAUGCCUGGGACACAUAGACGUUUGCUCCAUACAGUAGCUUCUUCGCAAAUUGAACUGUUCACUCCUGCAGCUAUGACAACAGCUGUUGAAUGUUGGCAAUGGAUACUCACUGUACGGCCAGAUUUGAAAUUGCGUUUCUUACAAGAAAUGCUCGUUGCGUGGCAAUACACUGUUGACAAAAGAAUGGGUUUGUUUGCUCCCGAUGAAGAAGAAGUCAAUCCAUUAGCAGUAUAUGAAGGCUGCAAGUUAGGCCCUAAUCCUCCACAAGUGAAACCUCAUGAUAUUUGGGUUACAUUUAUUGUGGAAUUGAUUGAAACUGCUAAAUAUUGCUGUCAAGAAACAGUUGAUAUGAUCGUUACAUUGUUACAUCGGUCAUUGCCUAUGACUGUUGGUGCUUCUGGCGAGGAACCUGGAAUGAGUCGUCACAUUGCUACGGUUGGAGUGCGCUUUAAAUUACUUUCUUGUGGACUUCUUCUUCUUCAAGGAGAUAUUUUGUCAAGAACAUUAAGCAAAAACGUCUUACGAGAACGCGUAUAUUGUAAUUGCUUGGAUUAUUUCUGUCGAGAUCGUCAAGUACCAACGCAAGAACUAGAACAAUUACACGAGGACUUAGUUACGCUUAUACGUUUCUGGCAAGUAAUGCACAGUGACAAAAAAUAUUUGGUAAUGACUGGUACCGAAAGUGAAUUUGAAAUGUUAACACCCCAGUCCUGUUCUACUGGUUUCGGACCUAGUGAAACAAUUAGCUCUUUGAGUACGGCCUUGGGUACAACGAAUACUGAAUUUUCGAAAACACCAACAAGCGUAUGGAUCAAUACAGUUCCGAUGUCUACUAGUAGUAAUACAUUGGGGAAACGUAGUAAUCGUAGCAAGCGUGUCAUGAAUGCCAACGUCUUUGUAAAAGAUUAUAUAAAAAAAAGAAAUUUGAUACUCGAAUUACUGGCAGUUGAAAUAGAAAUGUUAUUAGUCUGGAGAAAUCCUAGUGGAAGACAGGAACUUACGCUUCCAGGUGAAUCAAGCAUUGCAGAAUGGCGUGCUAAGGGAAUGAAUGAUCGAUGGCGAGAGUACACACGGCUGGCAUGGGAAAUUAGUCCUGUCCUUGCUAUAUUUUUACCAGUCCGAUUAAAGAAUUCAGAAAUUAUUAUCAAAGAAGUAUGUGGACUUGUUCGUCUUAAACCUGUGCCAGUUAUGCACGUUCCAGAGGCUUUACAAUAUCUCGUUACGACUGAUACAUUACUUAAUGAUGUACCUGAAUUGGUGUAUAUGCUAACAUGGGAGAGAGUAUCACCUAUUCAAGCUCUAGCAUAUUUUUCUCGUCAAUUCCCUCAUCAUCCAAUCUCUGCACAAUACGCAGUAGAAGUGCUAAGUAGUUAUCCAGCAGAUGCAGUACUUUUCUAUAUACCACAACUUGUACAAGCUGUACGCCAUGAUACUAUGGGUUAUGUGAUAGAGUUUAUAAAGAAAAUUGCUAAACGUUCACAGGUCGUAGCACAUCAAUUAAUUUGGAACAUGUACACAAAUAUAUAUAUGGACGAAGACAAACAAGCAAAAGAUCCUGUUCUGUAUGAUAUAUUAGAUUCGCUCGUGAAAAGUAUUUUAGGAUCAUUGUCUGGCCCGGCAAAACAAUUUUAUGAAAGAGAAUUCGACUUUUUCGAGAAAAUUACAAAUAUUUCAGGGGAAAUAAGGCCAUAUCCUAAAGGUCCUGAACGUAAAGCAGCAUGCCUAAGAUCUUUAUCAGAAAUCGGAGUACAACCAGGUUGCUACUUGCCAUCCAAUCCUGAAGCUAUGGUAAUUGAUAUUGAUUAUCAAAGUGGAACUCCUAUGCAGAGUGCUGCAAAAGCACCGUUUUUGGCGCGUUUCAAAGUUCGAAAAUAUGGUAUUAACGAAUUAGAGAACAUUGCGUUAGCAGUGUCGGCUAAUGGUAGAGUUGAUAUUAAAAGAGAACCAGAAAAAGAGACUUGGCAAGCUGCUAUUUUUAAAGUCGGAGAUGACGUUAGACAGGAUAUGUUAGCUUUACAAGUGAUCAGUAUUUUUAAGAAUAUAUUUCAAAAAGUUGGAUUAAAUUUAUUCUUGUUCCCGUAUAGAGUAGUAGCUACAGCACCUGGGUGCGGUGUAAUAGAAUGUGUACCUAAUGCAACUUCACGCGAUCAACUUGGUCGCACCACUGAUAUUGACAUGCAUCAAUAUUUCAUUACACGUUAUGGAGAUGAAACUACAAAAGAAUUUCAAAAUGUACGUCGUAAUUUCGUAAAAUCAAUGGCUGCUUACAGCGUAAUUACAUAUCUUCUACAAAUAAAAGAUCGCCAUAAUGGGAACAUUAUGUUGGAUACUGAAGGUCAUAUCAUACAUAUAGAUUUUGGUUUUAUGUUUGAAAGUUCGCCUGGUGGUAAUUUAGGCUUCGAGCCUGAUAUUAAGCUGACGGAUGAAAUGGUGCUCGUAAUGGGAGGUAAAAUGGAAGCCGCGCCUUUCCGUUGGUUCAUGGAAUUAUGUGUACAGGCUUUCCUCGCCGUAAGACCUUAUCAAGAGGCUAUUAUUUCUCUGGUUUCUCUGAUGCUUGAUACUGGAUUGCCAUGUUUUCGUGGACAAACGAUAAAACUUCUACGCGGCAGAUUCGUGCCGACAGCAACUGAUCGCGAAGCGGCGGCCUAUAUGCUCAAUGUAAUACGUAACAGCUACCUCAAUUUCCGUACGAAAACUUACGAUAUGAUACAGUAUUAUCAAAAUCAAAUUCCCUAUUAAAUUAACAUUUUUAAAUAACUUUCGUUGACGAUUGUUAAUUCAUAAUGAAGGAAUUCAUUAUCUUUGCAAAGAUUGUUAAAUAGAUACACCAUGUAUUGUUAGAUACAGCAACAUUGAGUCUGCUGUUUGUACAAACCCCUUGGUGUCAAUGUUAUUCUUAGAUUCACAUAAAUUUUAUGGAAGCAUUAGGCUCUGAAUGUAUAUAACAAUAAUGUAUUAUAAAUUGGAAAAGAAUUAUCCUAUAUGCUUGCUAUCAAGCAGAAGAUGUGUAUAAAAGAGACAUUCCUCUGUUUAUUAUUUAUGUACUGUUAUCAGUUAAAUAACAGAGUAAUUAAACACUUACAUGUAAAAAUUUCAAAUUAUAAAUUAAAACUUCAAAUAACAAGUAAAAUUUCUAUUUAAGCUAAUUCUAUUUAUUAUAUAUUACAUUUAAAGUAUAACUAAUAUUUAUUUUAUUGCAUUCAUUUAUCUGACAACUGUUUCUUAAGUGGAUUCAAGUUUACUUGAGACAAAUCAACUUUUCUGAAAAAAGUCAAUAUAUAUUAAGUCACUAGCAUUAUAAGAAAUUGAAUAAUAAAGUAAAAAUUAAUAAAUACUUGAUGCAACUAAAAUAUUAAUGUAGUAUGUACAAUAAUUUUCAUUUGUUUUGUUGUCAGCUUUGUAUAUAUGAAAUGUUAGAAAUAUAUUUACCCUGCUUCUAACUGGUCUGCUGUAUAUAUCACACUUGGUGAUUCUACAGAACGCCUGGCAUCACGAGUGUAAUAAUAUACUUUUGAACUUUUAUGAUAAGGCCCGAAUGGUACAAGAGGCGGUGGUUGUGUACGUGCAGAAAUGUUAUCUGCAUAUCUCAAACCAUCAUCAAAUGGUCUCUGUAAUGUUCGUUUUGCAUCACGUAAAUUAAUUUUUUUACUGCAUUCUACAUAAACAUAACUAUCACUAUUUAUUUUGACAUAAUAAUAUUUGAUACAUAACCAACAAAAUGGAUGCACUCGCGAAAAGUAAAAUUUAACUGCAUUAACUAAACUUACACAUUAGCAAUAUUAGAUCUGAAUUAUUAUGUGAAAAAUAGUUUCAGCGUGAUAAAAAACUGAUAAAAAAAAACAAGUUACGUAAUAUUUAUAAAAAUAAAUAAUAUGAAAUGUAGAUCAAAUAUAAAUCAAAACGUUGAAACGUUACUUACACCUCGAAAUAUAUUUCGAAUCGCUUCUAAAAGAGUUGUGGUACGGAAAGCUUUCAUUUUUAUUAUUUUAUUUAAUUUCUGAGUUGAAAUAAAUAAAUUCCAAUGCGAAAAUCACUGUGGACUGACCAAUUCUAAACUUAAAUACUCAGUUGUCAUCUCGGUCUCGAAGUUCGAUAAUUUAACACAAUUUUAACUAUCGAUAAUUAUUUUCAAUUAUCGAAUGUAUCGAAUACAAACAUUUUAAACUGUCUUAAUCUUUUCUACAUAAAAAUUAUGAAAAAAUAAUAUUUUAUACACAAAAUGAUUAAUAAUUCAAUUUUUAAAAUAAAUUUUUUGCAUUUUAUUGGUUAAAAAUAGUUUUAAGAUAUAUUAAUUUUGAAGGUCAAAUCAUUCUCAAGAAGACCUCAAAACCACAUUUUCUUACAAUCUACUAAAGAUCUUUAUAACUAUAGAAAAGAUUCAUAUUAUAAGA